UGGCCGUUUCUUAGUAUUUGGCAUCACAGACUGUUGUAGCACACAAUGGUUUCAAAGAUCUCUAUUGUUCUCUUGGGCCUAUGUUGCGCCGUCAACUGCAACCCACUAAUUGGGGAGACUACGGUCUGUGAGACAUCCCCUAAUCUUGGCUUGGGCUUGGGCCUGGGUGGCUUAGGGCUGGGCUUAGGAGGACUCGGUGGACUCGGGGGCCUCGGAGCGCUCGGCGGUGCUACCACUGUCUGUGAAUCAUCACCUAAUUUAGCCUUAGGCCUUGGUCUGGGUGGAUUAGGAUAUGGCGGACUAUACGGUGGAUUGGGUGGCCUGGGAGGCUUAGGAGGUCUUUACGGCUUGGGUGGUUUGGGAGGUUUAGGUGGUUUGGGUGGACUCGGAGGUGCUGCGACUGUCUGUGAAUCUGCACCUAAUCUAGGUAUUGGUGGUCUUGGACUUGGCCUCGGUGGAUUGGGAUUAGGCGGCCUUGGUGGAUUGGGACUGGGUGGACUAGGCCUUGGUGGUUUGGGAGCAACUACAGUAUGUGAAUCUGCUCCAAAUCUUGGUUUGGGUCUAGGCGGGCUCGGUCUGGGUGGACUCGGAUUAGGGGGCUUAGGCGGUUUAGGCGGCUUGGGCCUGGGUGGAUUAGGAUUGGGAGGAGCAACUACAGUUUGUGAAUCUACUCCAAAUCUUGGUUUAGGUCUCGGCGGGCUCGGUCUGGGUGGACUCGGAUUAGGCGGCAUGGGUGGUUUGGGCCUGGGUGGAUUAGGAUUGGGAGGAGCUACUACAGUAUGUGAAUCUGCUCCUAAUCUAGGCUUUGGUCUUGGCGGGCUUGGUCUAAAUGGACUCGGAUUAGGUGGAGUUUAUGGUUUGGGUGGGCUGGGUGGCUUAGGAGGUCUAGGUGCUUUAGGUGGGGCAACGAGUGUAUGCGAAACUGCUCCUAAUAUGGGCUUAGGUCUGGGAGGCCUUGGCCUAGGUGGACUUGGUCUCUAUGGAGGCCUUGGUGUACCUUUUUUAUAGAUUCGACCACGACCUCUUACUCAUCCGACGCUAAAAGUGUAUAUUCACCCUUUGCAAGAUAUCAAUCUUACAAUGUUUUAGAUAGUGGACAAAAUACGCGCGUCGGUUUGAUUUGAGGAUUGACCAAACCUUUUACGAUUAUACUAUAUGUAUUGCAUGAUAAAAAAUACUUCUACUUGGCAUCGAAAUUUACCCAAAAGUUUGUGCGUUUUAUGUCAUAUUUGACUCAAAUCAAUAAUAUUGGUUUGUAUAACUGUUUUCUUUUGAACAGCCAUUUUAAAAUUUGUUUUUACAAUUGUUUUCGAUGCCAGUUGGAUAGAAAAAAAAAACAAAAUUGUAUAUUGUCUUCCAGAUUCAUAGAAACUUAUAAAUGUAUAUAUGUAUAAAUAUGUUUUAGGCAAUCAAUAAAUGUAUAUAUUUGAAA